GGUACGCAACCGUUUUGUGAACUCGACAUCAUCACAAGACCGCCCGUGCUCAUUCCUCGUUGGGAGACCGAAGAAUGGGCAUCGAGGUUAUGCGAGGUGAUACGAUCCAAUUGGCAACCUUCGGCAGGUUCACUUCGCAUCCUGGAUGUGUGCACGGGCACCGGUUGUAUCGCGUUGACCUUGGCUUCGCAGUUACCGGAAAAUAGUGUCGAGAUUUGUGCGCUGGAUAUCUCAUCGGACGCCAUUGUCUUGGCACGGGAAAAUUACGCCGUCCAUGCAUCGCGCAUCCAAAAUCAGGUGCAGUUUCACCUCUGCGAUAUCUAUGACGAGCCGUUGCCGGUGACAGGGGAUUUCGAUUGUGUGAUUGCCAAUCCACCGUAUAUCACGGGACAGGAGUACAGUGACUUGGAUGCCGAUGUGAAACAAUGGGAGGAUAAACGAGCAUUGUAUGCUGCCGAAAACGGCACCGCUGUGCAUCGUAGAAUCAUCGAUGUAGCGAGUCGGCUCACACAGCCAAAGUGGAAUAUUCCUCGUGUGAUUAUGGAAAUUGGCGGGUCGCAUCAGAUCGAAUCCUUGGCAGCCACUUUAAAAUCACAUCAUUUUACCGAUAUCGAGGUAUGGCAAGAUCUUGCUGGUAAAGAUCGUGUCAUUCUUGCCAAGUAA